AUGCACCGACAACUAGCGUCAGUAAGUAGACGUCUCGGACCACGUCGUCUGUUCGGACACUCCGCUAAGGUCCUACAGACGGUCAACCCGGUUGAGCCUGUCCAGCCCGUUUCUACUCCGAAGCGCAAAAAGGCUGGAUUUUUCACCUACACUUUUUAUGGGCUUAUCGCUGCCGCUUUGGCCGAGACUGCUUACCUGACUUACUCUGUUUACAGGGAGACCAAUCCAGGCCCACAGAAGCCGCAAUCUCUCUUGAAAGAGAACGGAAAUAGAAAGAAGAACGUUAUUAUUCUGGGUUCCGGCUGGGGAGCAAUCUCGUUCUUGCAUAAGCUGGACACCACACAGUACAACGUGACCAUUGUUUCUCCACGUAACUAUUUCCUGUUUACUCCACUUCUUCCAUCUGUGCCAACCUCCACGGUUGGGUCCAAUUCGAUCUGCGACCCUGUUCGGACUAUUGCCCGGCAAACUCCGGGCGAGGUGACCUAUUAUGAAGCUGCUGCAACCGACGUGGAUCCUGUGAAUCAGACUGUCAAGAUCGUUCACAAGAACAUGAACUUCUCGCUGGGAGAAGCGUUUGUGAACAAGGAUGAGCCGAUCGAGAAGACGCUGAAGUACGACUACUUGAUCUACGCCGUUGGAGCCAAGGUCAACACGUUCGGCAUUCCAGGCAUUCCAGAGUACGCCUCGUUCUUGAAAGAGGCCCAUGAUGCCACUGCUGUCAGACAGAAGCUUUUCAACGCCAUUGAGGCAUCCAGACUGUUGCCAGAAGACUCCGAGGAGCGCAAGCGUCUCCUGACGUUUGUUGUUUGUGGUGGAGGACCUACCGGUGUUGAACUGGCUGCUGAGGUGAAGGACUACAUUGACCAGGACCUGCUCAAGUUCAUUCCAGGAAUCGACAAGGAGAUGAAGGUGAUCUUGGUGGAGGCCCUGCCUAACGUCUUGAACAUGUUCCAUCCUAAGCUGAUUGAGUACACGAAGGAGGUUUUCAAGACUCAACACGUUGAUCUGAGAACCAACACAAUAGUGAAGAAGGUGGACGCCAGAAACGUCUAUGCCUCUGCAAAGAAACCAGACGGAACCACCGAGGAUGUUGUGAUUCCGUACGGAACUCUUGUUUGGGCCGGUGGUAACGCUCAGAGAGAGCUGACUCGCUCGCUUGCCGAUAAAAUCACCGAGCAAAAGACGGCCAGAAGAGGACUUCUUGUGGAUGAGUACAUGAAGCUUGACGGAGACGACCACAUCUACGCUUUGGGAGACUGUACUUUUACUGCCAACGCUCCAACUGCCCAGGUUGCCCAUCAGCAGGGAGAGUUUUUGGCUGACCAUUUCAACAAGCUGGCCAAGAUCGACGACCUCGAGUACCUUACUUCUUUGGAGAAAGACGAGGCUUCUAAGGAGAAACACCUGAAGCGUCUGGAGAGAUACAAGAACAGCAUAAAACCGUUCUCCUACAGACACCAAGGUGCUCUGGCCUAUGUUGGUUCCGAGAGAGCCGUGGCCGACCUCACAUGGGGCUCGUGGUCCACUGUUGCUCUUGGAGGAAACCUGACUUUCUUCUUCUGGAGAACGGCCUACGUCUCCAUGAUCCUGGGAGUGAGAAGCAAACUUCUUGUGAUCAGCGACUGGAUCAAGGUGUCGAUGUUUGGUCGCGACUGUUCCAAGGACUAA